CAUUGCUAAGAACCCGCUUAAAGAAGCUUUUAUCCUUCAUUUUUUCUCUGUUUUCCCGUGGAACCUUUUCUUCCUCUGUUUUCAUUCUUCCAAAACAAGCAUCUUUUCUUCUAAUCUUUUCCCUUAUCUUUUUCCAUUUCUGCAUAAUCUUUUGGACCAUUUGUUCUUCUUCUGCCAUUUGGACCCCAUGCUGUGGAAAAGAAAGAAAAAACAGCAAACCAUUCUCAUGAAAAUUGUUUCUUUCUUCAAACUUUAACCUUUAACAACGGAAUCUUCAUUUCACACACAUAAUAUAUUAACACAAUACACGUGUUUAUGUUUAGCCAAAACAUUAUCAUCACCUUUUCCUUGAUGCUUCCUAUCUCAUGCAAAAUAAGCUUUUAGAUUGAUUCUUCCUAAUGAAACCUUCUUUAUUCGUUUUCUUCAAGAUUUAAACAAAAACGUGACUUUGUUGGUGUUUUUUAUUUUUUGUUUUUCUAGAAUCUAUGUCGUUUGUGCCAGCAAGAACGGGGAGACAAAGACAACGUUAUGAAGACAACCUUCGACUUGUUUCUGGAUGUAUUCCGUAUAGAUGGAGAAAAGAGAAUGCGGAUCAGAAUGGAGAAACUGAAGAAAUAGUAGAAGUACUUAUGGUUUCUUCACCUAAACGAGACGACCUUGUAUUUCCAAAGGGUGGUUGGGAGGAUGAUGAGACUGUUACAGAAGCUGCUUGUCGCGAAGCUUUAGAAGAAGCAGGAGUUAAAGGAAGACUAAGAGAAACUCCAUUAGGAAUAUGGGAGUUCAGAAGCAAAAGCAGUCAGGACUUGUGUAGCAUGGAAGGAGGCUGCCGAGGAUACAUGUUUGCCUUGGAGGUGACUGAAGAACUUGAGGCUUGGCCUGAGCAGAAAAACCGUGCUCGCCAAUGGUUAACCAUAAAAGAGGCGAUUAGACUCAGCCGAUAUGAUUGGAUGUGUAACGCACUUAAGGAGUUUACGAGAGUUAUGGAAGAGGAUACAAAGCUUGAGAAGCAAGACAUGAAUGUCGAUGUUGAUCCCCCUUCAGUUCUAGUAACCGAUGUCUCAGAAUGUUAUAAAAGAUCCUCUAAUAAGCAGCACCACGCCAAUCUACUGCAACGCGCAUCUCCAGAGAUAGCCAUCCAUUUUAGCUAUUGAAAUUGCUGUACGCAUGUGGUAUAUGUUAAUGGAUCAAUAUUGUGCAGUAACUCCUUCAAACUGAUAUGAACAAUCUGUGAAGUAAUGGUUUGGACUUUGGAUUUCGUAGUUGUAGGUUCUUUUUUUUCUUCUUUCCUCAGUGAUCAUGAUGUAGAAUAUGGUGGUGAAAGUCUCAAGUGUAUAUGGACUUAAAACAGCUAUUUGCUUCACCCCAAAAUUCAUGAAUAACUUGUAAUAUAUCAGCACCGUUUGUGAAAAUCCUGUUGUCACAAAGGGCAAAGAAGAUGUUCCCUUUCAGAACCUACAAUUCAUAAUUUUCUAAGGUGUUGCUUUCAAGCAGCACCAUUGGUUUCUUUGUCCAUGGUUACCUGUUUCAGUGCUUGUGUUUUCUAUGAAA